AUGCAGCAUAAAUUAUCUUAUGUUAUCUUUACAGAUCAAGAAAGAUUACAAGGUUUUGAGCUAAGAUUAAGUUUUAAUGGUAGAUGUAAUAUAGAUGGAUAUAAACAAUCUACAAUUUGUUAUAAAGAUACUAGUACAACAAUACAAGAUAUCUACAAUAUAAAUAGUUGUAAUCAAUCACAAAAUAUACAGUUUAAUGGUAGAUAUGUAUAUAUUAGUGUAGAAAAUCCCAACCAAGGAGACAAACCUCUCACACUCUGUGAAGUAGAAAUAUUUGAAAAAUGUGGGAGUAAUUGUGUAGGUGGCUGUGAUUCUAGUGGUAAUUGUAACAACUGUACUUCUGGUUAUUAUGGUAAUAAAUGUGAUACACCAUGUCCUACUAAUUGUAAUGGUGGUUGUAUCCAGAAUAAUGGUGAUUGUGAAGCUUGUGAAAAAGGUAGUACAGGUUGUAAUAAUGGGACAUGUAAUAGAAAUGAUGGUAGUUGUAUAUAUGGUUGUAUUUCUGGUAAAUCAGGACCUACAUGUACUAAUGAUUGUAGUAAAAACUGUAUUAUAUGUAGUCAGAAUGACAAUAAGAAAUGUACCCAAUGUCACGAUGGAUAUUAUGGACAGUCAUGUAAACAACCAUGUAAUAAAACAUGUCAAUCACAAGACAAUAAUCCAGUAUGUAAUAUAACUAAUGGUUAUUGUAGUAUUGGAUGUAUUAAGGGUUAUUAUGAUGAUGUUUGUAACAAGAACUGUAGUAGUAACUGUUUUAAGAAGACAUGUCUCCAGACUAAUGGUUCAUGUACCGAUGGUUGUGUUGCUGGUAAAAUUGGUGAUAAAUGUGCUGAAGAUUGUCCCAAUGGAACAUAUGGAUUAAGAUGUAGCUCUACCUGUGGUAAUUGUUAUAACCAAACUAUCUGUCAUAUCGUAACUGGUGCUUGUGAUCUAGAGCUGGGCUGUGAAGCUGGUUUUCAAGGACCAACUUGUAAAGAAGUAGUUGAGAAAGCAGACAAUAGUAUCACGAUUAUAUCAGCUGUAACUGUUACUUUGGUAGUAGUUAUUGUAGUUGUCAUCGGUCUAGUAAUAAUUAUAAGACGGUAA